AUGCAAGAAGACAAUGUAACCGGAUUGCAGAUUAGAAAAGAAGGAGAAUGGGUUCCUGUGAAGCCAAUUCCAAACGCUCUCGUUGUCAAUGUUGGAGAUGUUAUUGAGAUUUUGAGUAAUGGGAAGUACAAGAGCAUUGAACAUAGAGCUGUCACAACUGAAACCAAAGCGAGGAUAUCUUAUGCAUCAUUUCUUUUUCCACAUCCAGAUGUGGAAGUUGAGCCGUUUGAACAUAUUGUGGAGGCAUUGGGGUCUCGGAGGUACAAGAAGGUCAAAUAUGGAGAUUAUCUGGGGAAUUCCUUGAAGGGGAAACUUAAGGGCAAGGCACACAUUGAAACAGCCAAGAUUGGAAUGGAACCAUUUGAUCAUAUGGUGGAGUCUCCAGGGUCCCUUCGGAUGUACAAGAAAGUUAGAUAUGGAGAAUAUUAA